GAUGUCCUGCAAUUGCUGGCGGCCUGUACGGAGCCGCCUCAUCUGGCGCUUGUGACGGACUAUUGCGCGUCGGGAUCGCUGUAUCAGCUGUUGCACGGCCCGCGGCCUGGCGGCGGCUGCCCCCCCUGGACCCAACUCGUGUCCAUCUGCCUGGGGGUGGCUCAAGGGAUGGCCUGGCUCCAUCGCCACUCAAUCCUGCACCGGGACUUGAAGUCUGCGAACAUCCUCCUGGAUAACGGCGGGAACGCGAGGAUUGCGGACUUUGGGCUGGCCAAGAUUUACAAC